AUGCCUCUUAAAGAUAUUAUUGAGAAGCUCAUUCAAUCUUCAGACAAUGAACAUGAUAAACUCACCAACUUCAUCAAUGGACAAUUUGUGAAACCAUCCUCUGGAACUUGGAUGUCCUCUAUCAAUCCUGGCACAGGGAAAACAUGGAUCGAGAUCCCUGAUUCUGGAAAAGACGAUGUUGAACUUGCUGUGAACGCUGCAAAUACUGCUUUCAAGAGUUGGUCAGAAAAACCAGUGGAAGAACGGUCAAACCUCUUAAAUAAAUUGGCGGAUUUGCUCGAGGAAAAUUUAGCAGGACUGGCCAUUUUGGAAUCAAGAGAUCAAGGAAAGCCAAUAAACUUGGCAAAGUUCAUUGAUAUUCCUCGUUGUAUUCACAAUUUCCGAUUCUUCGCAAGCUCUUCCCUUCAUGAAACAACACCUUGCUCUUUCCUUGAAAAGCCUGUGAGAGCUCUCAAUUACGUCAAAAGAGACGCUGUAGGUGUAGCUGGCUUGAUAAGUCCAUGGAAUCUUCCCCUUUAUUUGCUAUCCUUCAAACUUGCACCUGCUCUCAUUGCUGGAAACACCGUCGUUUGCAAGCCUAGCGAGUUAACUAGUGUAACGGCUUGGGUUCUCAUGCACGCCUUCAAAGAAAUUGGUUUCCCUGACGGUGUUGUUAACAUGAUCAUUGGAACUGGACCUUCGGCUGGACAACACAUUGUAGAACAUCCCGAUGUUCCGUUAUUAAGUUUCACAGGAAGCACGAUUGUUGGUAAAAAGAUUGCAGCAGCCGCUGCUGAGCACAAUAAGAAAGUGUCUCUUGAAAUGGGUGGAAAGAACUCAGCGAUUGUCUUCCCUUCAUGCAAAUUGGAUGUUCACAUCCCUACUCUAGUACGGUCUUGUUUCAUAAAUCAAGGUGAAAUCUGUUUAUGUACGAGCAGACUCUACGUUCAUGACAGUAUUUAUGAUGAAUUCCUGAAGAUGUUCCUAACUGAAACUGAAAAGUAUUCUGUUGGAGACCCUGAAGAGAAUAUGACGCUUGGAGCAAUGAAUUCGAAACAACACUUCGAGAAGGUUAAAUCUUAUGUUGGCAUAGCUAAAGAGGAAGGAAAAGUUCAUUGUGGUGGACCCGUGACGGUUCCUGGAAAAUGUUCGGAGGGAUACUACAUAUCUCCUACAGUCGUCACUGAUAUUGGCGAUGACAGUCGAUGCAUGAACGAAGAGAUAUUUGGUCCUGUCGUUUGUAUCAUUAAGUUUAAUGAUUUGGAGGAAGUCGUUAAUAGAUCGAACUCUUCUUCUUACGGUCUCUCAGCUACUGUUUGGAGCGAAAAAAUGGACGAGCUGAUUGAGACGAGUAACAAGCUUCGAGUUGGAACUGUAUGGUGUAACACAUGGCUGACAAGAGACUUGAAGAUGCCCUUCGGUGGAACAAAACAAUCAGGGAUAGGACGCGAAGGCCAGGAGGAUUCUCUCCACUUCUUCACUGAGGCGAAAACUGUGUGUAUUCGUUAUUAG